GAAUUGAUUUGAUUCGAGGAACCUAUUAGCAGAUCAUCUUCAGACCUAGGAGAGAAAAGAAUAAAUAAAUAUUCCGGAGUACGUGCUACGUGCUGAGGAGGACACCGGAGAAGUUGUGUAGUUUUCAAUCAGGAUUAGGACGGUUGAUUAGGAAGAUGACCACGUUAGAGAAGAAGUACGAAUACGUGAUACAGGCCAUAGAGCAUUUAAAGCACAGAAAAGCCAGGCCGGAUCUCGAAGGUAUCAAGAAUUACGCUUUCCGACGCCACGGCAUCGAUCCCGUAACGUGUUGCGCGGACGUCGAUGAGCUCAUCGAAAAUGAACAAAUCAUCAAAGUGGAAUUCAAGGGCCGCACCAGCUACCGCAAUGCAGCCAAAUAUUUUGGGCCGGACGCUGCGAAUACUUCCACCACAGUGGAGAGUUCUCCACAGCAGCAGCCCAGAGAUGCUAGUCCUGAACCAGUUACCUACAGCUCUGCUGUCACAGCAGCUAUUGCAGCUAUUCUUUGCGAUCAACCAACUCCUCCAAGUCAAACUGGAGCUGUAAACAUACGAAGCAUUGCAAGUUACCUGCAGUCAAGAGAUCAUGGGAGAUAUUCAAGAAAGUAUAUUGACAAUCUCAUUGACCGGGAGAUAACAGCUUGCAACAUAGCUUCCAUCAGCAAGGAAACCUUUACCUUGCCACCAAGUGUCUUGAAAAAUCUUGAUCGUAGGUGGAAGCAUGAGCACAUGAAAAGCAAAAGGAAGUCCACUGGGGCAGCAGAAGACUUGAACAAAUCAAAGAAUCAAUUGAACAAGAGCAAAAAUGUUCCUAGCAAAGUGGAAAAGUCGCCACCACCGACGCCACCCCGACCAGAACGUGUCGGCCAACGAAUGAAAAGGGCCAAGAAAGUUUUCGACCCGUCAGACGUCGAGGUGAUCCCCAGAAAACGCGGUCGCCCCGUUGGGACGGGCAGAAAAAACCGUGAAUUGCGCAAUAGCUUUGCCACGACACCGGAGCGAUCCAAAAGUCCGUUUCUAUUAACCGGAUCUUCGCCCCCCAACAACUACUCGCAUUCCGAGUUCAAAGCGUGUCUCCUCUGCAAAUACUACACCGUCAUACUACGAGGAGUCACCUCAAAAAUGCUCGUCUGCUCCGAAUGCAACCGAAACGUUCACGCCAAAUGCUUGGGAUUCGAUCAAGACGUCCUGCCCCGUGUCCCGGAGUCGGAAUGGAAAUGCCCCGAUUGCCGUCCCUGCAGCGUCUGCAAACUUGUUCAGGAACAGGACACGGUUCUGUUAUGCUGCGAGUGCGACACGACGUUCCACCGCUCGUGCCUGGCUUCACCACCGGCGUCUAUGCCCGACGGAUGUUACUGGGCUUGCGACGACUGCCGAGCCAACGAGUCGGUGGAGAAGACUCCGGUCAAGGACAGCUCGUCGGAAGAAGGCAAAGUUGAGAACAACAGCAGCAAGAUCUCGUCGUCAUCGUCGUUUCAGCCCUUGGCGCCCAUUAGUCUCGGUCCGUGGGUGUUUGGCACGCGCCAACUGGAACUCAAGGGCCCUCCGUUCGAGUGGAAUUGCGUCCCCAAUCCCGACCCGAGUAUUCCCGACGCUUCGCUCUGGACUUCGGAAGACGUUCAAAGUUACUUCAGCCGGCUGGGAUUCGAAGAGCAGGCCGCUCUGUUGCGCCACAAUGAAAUCGACGGUCCGUCCCUGUUGCUGAUGAAGAGAAACGACGUCGUCGGCAACAUGGGAUUGAAGCUGGGCCCGGCCGUCAAGAUCUACAACCACAUUCGCCGUCUGCAGACACGUCGCGACGAUCUGAUUUACGCUUAAGCCAAUUGUAGAAGAAAAACCGUCGCUAAGUUUGCAACAUUUCCCUUCCACCUUUCUCCUCUCCUCACCAACAUUUUUGAAACUUGGAACAAGAAAGCCGGAAGAAGAAGAAGACAAAAAUCCCCCAAAAUGCAAUGAAAUCUCGACGCCGAUCAAGUUCAAAACAAGCAGACGUGGAAUUGCAUAAUCAUCUUUUCGUUAUUCCUUUCUUGUUGUAAUAAUCGUCACACAUUUACAAUAAAGGGAAAAACGAAAUAA